AUGGCCAAUGGACAUCUCAAGCUUUUCACAUUUACUGUCCUCACACGACCGGGCAUGUGGAUACCUCAAACUUUCCAUAGUUAUCAUCCUCACACGAUCGGACAUGUGGACACUUCAAGCAUUCCCACAUUUAUCGUCCUCACACGAUCAGAAAUUGAGAAGAAUGGCGUCCUCAAGCUGACCAACGACUCUAACGGGUUGAUCGAUCACGCGUUCUAUCCAACUCCUAUCAAGUUCAAGAACUCCACAACCAGAGGAACUGUUUUCUCUUUCUCUACCGCCUUUGCUUUCGCUAUCAUUCCAAAAUUCACAGGCACUGGUGGCCAUGGUUUGGCUUUUACCAUCUCUCCCACAAAUGAUUUUCACGGAGCUCUUUCGGGUCGGUACUUGGGUCUUUUCAAUGAGACCAACAAUGGCAAGUUCUCUAACCAUUUGUUUGCUGUCGAAUUCAACACCGUACAAGACAUCGACUACAAAGACAUCAGUAACAAUCAUGUUGGUAUCGACAUCAAUGGCUUAACAUCGAAUGCGUCUGUUAAUGCUAGCUGCUUUGUCCAAGGCAAUUCGGCCCCAAAAGAAUUAAAUCUCAUGAGUGGGAAAACAAUUCAGGCUUGGAUCGACUACGACUCCACCAGAAAAGAAGUGAAUGUCACGCUUUCACUCUCUUCGACAAAACCCAAAUCUCCAAUUUUGUCAUAUCCGAUCAAUCUCUCUCGGAUUUUCGAAGACUACGACUACGACGCCAUGUACGUGGGCUUCUCUACUUCUACAGGGCAGCUUGCAAGCUAUCAUUACAUACAAGGGUGGAGCUUCAAGAUCAAUGGACAAGCUCAGUCUCUCAAUUUAUCUUCACUUCCUUCUAUUUGGGAAAAGAACCACAACAAGGCCUUAAUCACUGGGGUUUCUGUAUCUACUGCUGCUGUCAUUGUAUGUGCAAUUGGAAUCGCGUUUUAUCUCAUCAUAAAGAUCAAGAACGCGGACAUAGUUGAAGAUUGGGAGGUCAAUAUCGGCCCACAUCGAUUCUCCUACAGAGAGCUCAAGAAAGCGACGAGUGGGUUCAGAGACAGAUCGCUACUUGGGUUUGGGGGAUUUGGCCGAGAAACAAACUCCUCACAGCACAGAAACCCUCAUCUAUUCAGAUUUCAGAUGCAAAGACUUCGUGAAUUUUGA